UCUGCAUUAUAAACCAAUGAAACCCAGACAGUGAGCUGGAGGAGGGAGACAGUGAGGUUUCACCAUCAAACAUCUAAUGAAGCAGGUGGAUGCAGGCCACUCAGAGGAGCGAAGACCAGUGUGAAGAUUGAGACCACAUUUCUGUCAUCAGAGUCAGGACUGAGUCGGUUUACCUCCACACGGCCCCUGACGGCACCUGUUGAGGCUGGACAGGAGUUUUUCUUUCAGAUCCAGCAGGACUCCGAUCGUUCUGUGACUCGCACUGACGAGCAGCCAUGGGCUCCUGGGCGUGGGGCUGCAUCACCGACUUCUUCACCUACGAGACGACCAAGUCUGUGGUGGUCAAGAGCUGGUCGGUGGGCAUCAUCAACCGGAUCGUACAGCUGCUCAUCAUCACGUAUUUUGUUGGCUGGGUCUUCAUCCAUGAGAAAGCUUAUCAGGAGAUCGACACCGGCAUCGAGUCCUCGGUGAUGACCAAAGUAAAAGGCUUCGGUUACCAUCACAACAAGGUGAUGGACGUGGCUGACUACGUCUUCCCCCAGCAGGGUGCUGGCGUGUUCUGCAUCAUGACCAAACUCAUCAUCACCGAAAAUCAGUUCCAGGGCAGAUGUGCAGAGAGUGGUGGGACGUUCAGCUGUCUCACGGAUGAAGACUGCCACAAGCAUUACGGCUCCGUCCUUGCCAACGGCGUAAUCACAGGCGUUUGCCUCGAGGUCUUUAAUGAAACCAGGGGUCAGUGUGAGAUUGAAGGAUGGUGUCCAGCUGAGAACGACUCUGUCAAGGUCAAACCGAUGCUGGAUGUGAACAACUUCACCAUCUUCAUCAAAAACAGCAUCCGCUUCCCGCUCUUCGAUGUCACCAGAGGGAACUUUCCCUCCUCGAUGACUUCGGAGGAGAUCAAAAACUGCACCUACCACCCGGAGAACAACCCCUUCUGCCCCAUCUUUCGCGUGGGGGAUGUGCUGAGCUACACCGGGCAGAGCGUGGAGAGCCUGGCAGACAAGGGCGGGGAAAUAGGAAUAAACAUCCAGUGGAAGUGUAACCUGGACCUGAGCAUCGAGAAAUGCGUACCGCAGUACUCAUUCACGCGACUCGACGCACCGUUUGCCAAGAACGCCGUCUCCAAAGGCUACAACUUCAGAUUCGCCAAAUAUUACAAGACAGAGAAUGGGACUGAAUUUCGGACACUUCACAAAGCAUACGCAAUCCGUUUUGACGUUAUGGUCACUGGACAUGCAGGGAAGUUUAACACGGUCCCAACACUGAUCAACUUGGUGGCCGCCUUCACCUCCAUCGGACUGGGUGCGGUUCUCUGCGACGUUAUCUUACUGAACUUCUUGAAAGGGGCAGAGCAGUACAAAGCCAAGAAGUUUGAGGAGGUGUCGGAGGCUCAGAUAGAGGCAACUAUGGCUCAGAGCCCGGGCAGCCAGCUGUCACUGAAACGAGGUAUGAAGAGCUCGUAUGACUCCGGAGCCUUGUCCCUCGAUACCACUGACCAAACCGUCUGACUGAACACCAUCUGAAGAAGUGGACACCCUGCCGUCUCUCUCUUUCCUUUUACUGCCCUGCAAGAGAUUGAUUUCUCCUCUUCUGGUUUUCAAGAUCCUGUCUAUGAAAUUAGGGAGAAGGAGGACUUUGCAACUAGAAGUGGGUG